AUGGGCCAGAAAAAGAGAUGGAACAAAAACCGUGACGUCACCAACCUCGUUUGUUUGUAUUUUGAUCCCUCUGAUUUCACGACAACCACUGCUGCCCCAACAACCACUGCUGCCCCAACAACCACUGCUGCCCCAACAACCACUGCUGCCCCAACAACCACUGCUGCCCCAACAACCACUGCUGCCCCAACAACCACUGCUGCCCCAACAACCACUGCUGCUCUAACAACCACUGCUGCUCUAACAACCACUGCUGCCCCAACAACCACUGCUGCCCCAACAACCACUGCUGCCCCAACAACCACUGCUGCCCCAACAACCACUGCUGCCCCAACAACCACUGCUGCUCUAACAACCACUGCUGCCCCAACAACCACUGCUGCCCCAACAACCACUGCUGCCCCAACAACCACUGCUGCCCCAACAACCACUGCUGCCCCAACAACCACCAGUGUCGCCCCUGCGCGA